CAUGGAUUUAAGUUGGAAUCCAAAUUAACAUACAUAGGAAAAAGGAAAUCAUUUUGAAACUUUACAAGAGGAUGGUUAAGAGGACCCUAUCAACAACCUUGUUGAAAAUAAAAUUUAAGAAAAUAGAGAUAUCAAGUAAAUAUUGACAGAAUAUGAUGAUACUUUCCUAAUUCAAUUAUUGAGAAAUUUCUCAUGUAACAUAAUUUCUUAAGGCUAAAUUUGUUAAAACUAGAUAAAUGACUUGUUAAUAAUGAACGAACCCUUUAUAAUCUAAAAUGAAAAAUUUUAAAUCUAUGUAAUUUAAGAAGAUGAUGAUAAUAAUAUUUUAUGUAAAAUAGUCAAUAUAUAUAUUAGUUUAAUCAAAUAAUGAGGGGUAAUAUUCUAAUGAAGUUUAAUAAGUGAUUUAAUGUGGAGACAAUAAUGUAGAAUAAUAAAAUGAAUCAUUAUAGAUAAUUCAUCCGAAAGAGAAAUAAAUAUAAUGAA